AUGUCACUAGCUCUCGGUAUCGCUCAGACACCCUCGCUGAUCAACCUAUUCGUGCUAGGCCUAGUGGCCGGCACGCUCUCGUUUGGUGGCGCGUAUACUGCCAUCCCGUUUGUGCAGGUCGAGGCCGUCUUGAUAGGUGCGUGGCUCCCUCAGAGCGUAUUCAUCGAUGCCAUUGCCAUUGGCAAUAUCUUGCCGGCACCCCUGGUUAUUUUUACAACAUUUGUAGGCUUCCAGGGUGCAUACUUAAACGGGUCGAUUGGAAACGCGUUUGCUGGAGCUAUUAUUAUUACUCUUGGGAUGUUUUCCCCUUGUUUCCUUUUCACUAUUGCAGGGCAUAACUUGUUGGAAAAGCUUGUUCGAAAUAAGGUCAGUAGAACUCCGACUCAGCUCCCUUGUUACCAUGCCUUUGACGGCCUAUGCGGCUCGGUAAUUGGUGUUAUCGCUAUCAUCGCGGCGCAGAUUCUCAAGGUCAGUAUCGAGGGCGCUCUGGAAAAGGUCAAGGAUAAGCCUGUUGGUGAGAUGAUUGAUACAACCGCUCAGGUCGGCCCGGCAGCAGUUCUGUACAUGCUUGCCCUGGUGGUUCUUUACAAGUUUACCAACAAGUACACUGCACUUUUAUUAGUUAUCAUUGGUGCAGUCGCGGGGCAGUUUAUCUUUGUGGACUAA